AUGUUGGUCAACGGAGAGCCUCUAAUACAACGAUGCCCAGUUGUAGGUAACUUUGAGGAGACAGGAUGGAACAUGCAGUGUCCUAUGUCAAACCAAUGGUCCAGGCAGCCUAUAGUGAACAAUUUGUGCAAUUAUAAUCAGUACAACGGCUAUAGUGAUAUACCAGUGCAGUGUUACAACAGGGAUUAUUAUGUGCAGGAUAAUGUGCAACUGUACUGUUCGCCCAUUACUUAUAAUGCACCAAUAGUGACUCAAACAAACUUACCCUGCUACCAAAGACCAGAAUGGGAUUACAACAGCAUGUGCUACAACGUGGAUGGACAGGCGUGCCAAUACACGAAUGUAGUCGAUUUAGAAGACUUUAUG